AUGGAGUCCCUCAAUCCAAAGAGUUUGCUUGGGGCAGCUUUCCUUUUCACUGCAUUAUGUGGUUCGAGUAUCACAAACGCGCAGGAUGUUAUCACCGAUGAUACAUAUUCCUAUGGACAAUCUCCACCUGUGUAUCCAUCUCCCGAAAUGCCAAGAAACGGAUCAUGGGCAUCUGCCUAUUCCAAAACUGUCGGUCUGGUUUCCCAGAUGACCAUGGCUGAAAGAGCCAACCUCACGGUUGGGAAAUCAGAAGGCUUAAACAGUUGUAGUGGCCUAACAGGCUCUGUACCGCGACUCAAUUUCAAAAGUAUCUGUAUGAACGAUGCCGGAAAUGGUCUUCGUGAUACGGAACUGGUAAAUUCCUGGCCCAGUGGUGUCCAUAUAGAGGAUACAAUAUGGCAGGGGGAAUUUAAGACAAAAGGCAUCAACGUUGCUCUUGGUCUUGUUGUCGGUCCCUUUGAAAGAGUUCCAAUUGGUGGGAGGAAUUGGGAGGGAAUGGGCAAGAUCGUAGGUUUUCUUUCUUUCUAUCACUUGAUUCCCCAGACUCAUCCUCUUUUUGGCAAUGCCUUGACAUAUCUUUCGGGAAAGCUCGCCGCUCAAACUGUUUUGGGAACCCAAGAUGCUGGUAUAAUAGCAUCAGUGAAACAUUUCAUUGGGAAUGAACAAGAAUAUAAGCAAAAUCCAUUGGGCAACGUUUCCGCCAUCUCAUCUAAAAUUGAUGGUAAAACAAUGCACGAAUUAUAUCUUUGGCCAUUUGCCGAUACUGUUCACGCAGGAGCUGCUUGUGUCAUUGACUGGGGAGCGUUGCACGCUGGCUAUGCAGCAGUAGAGGCAGGAUUGGAUGUUGUCAUGCCAAGCUCAGACCUCUGGGGAGUGAGUGGUGAAAAUUUGACAGCAUCUGUUGCCAAUGGGUCUCUUGCGGAGUCAAGAUUGACCGACAUGGCUACUAGAAUUGUGGCCAGUUGGUAUCAAAUGGGUCAAGAUGAAGAUUUCCCAGAACUCAGUUUGGCAUCUUCAUAUUUGACACCACAUACCAAAUUCAAUGCCCGAGAUCCUACAUCAAAGCCAAUUCUUUUGAGCGGGGCAAUGGAGGGUCAUGUUUUGAAACUAGAAUUGCUUUCUAUUUUUGGGUAUGAUGCGCCCGUAUCAAGUCAGAGUAAUAUUGGAAAUACUCGAUAUCUGUUUAGGAUGGAAGCUAUCUUGGAUCUCAAUGUAACUGACACCCCCAUCGAUACCUCGUUACAAAUCGCAAGCAACGGAACUCUCAUAGCUGGAGGAGGAAGCGGCUCAAACGCCCCGCCACAUAUCUCUGCUCCUUUUGAUGCGCUACAGGAACAAGCUUAUAAUGAUGACACAAGUCUUUUCUGGGAUUUCGUCUCCGUUGAUCCAGACGUUAAUGCCGGCUCAGAUGCUUGCCUUGUCUUCUUGAACGCAUAUUCUAUCGAGAAUAGUGAUAGACCUGGUCUUUAUGAUGGAUUUUCAGAUACUUUGGUAAAUAAUGUUGCGUCAAAAUGUAAUAAUACCACUGUGACCAUUCAUAAUGUUGGAAUACGUCUGGUUGACCAAUGGAUCGAGCAUCCAAACGUUACCGCUGUGAUUUUUGGUCAUCUGCCCGGUCAAGAUAAUGGACGAGCACUUGUUAAGUUGUUGUACGGUGUUGAAUCUUUCUCUGGUAAAUUGUCAUGUACGACAGCAAAGAACUAGUCAGAUUACAGUGUGUAUAAUCACUCAGAGGGUGUCUAUCUCGAUUAUCGCGAUUUUGAUGCUAAAAAUACAACUCCAAGAUUUGAAUUUGGGUUCGGAUUAACCUACACUACUUUUGAAUAUGCCGACCUCUCGAGUUCAGUUGUUUCGAAUGCAAGCACAGCUUACUUACCGCCAAUAACUACCAUCAUUCAGGGUGGAGCCCAGUCUCUCUGGGACGUUGUCGCAAAGCUUCAAGCAACUGUAUCAAACAACGGUACAAUGACCGCCAUGGAGGUAGCAUAAUUAUAUGUCGGUAUUCCGAACGGGCCAGCUAGACAAUUGAGAGGUUUCGAGAAGGUCAACACACCAGUUGGAGAAAGUGCAGUUGUGGAAUUUGAGUUGACGAGAAAGGAUUUGAGUGAGUGGAGUGUGGAGGAACAAAAUUGGGUUUUGCAACAGGGACGUUAUGGAUGGGAUCUGGGUUGGAUCGAGUAG